UUGUCUGUCUUUGUCUGUCGUGUGUAGUUGCUUUGUCUUGUUCGUUCUGAAGCGCAGCGAUUGUACUUUGUAGGGGCACGCGUGUUCCAAUUUGUAGUUUGGGCAGUCUGAGAGGGAGUUGACGGACUCUGACUUCUCUCCUGCUACCCUGGGAGACGUCCCAGGGGUUUAAACCUUUGAAUGCUUUCGCUUUUGAAUACUUUUGGUUUUGAAUACUUUUGGUUUGUGCUGAAAGCGUUCUGAAUUUGAAUCCCUUUGCUUUUGAAUGCUUUCGGGCUGUGCCGAAAGCGAUUUGAAUACCUUUGGUUUUGAAUGCUUUCGGGUUGUGCCGAAAGCGUUUUGAAUUUGAAUACCUCUGGUUUUGGAUACUUUCAGGUCGUGCUGAAGCCGAAAGCGUUUUGAAUUUGAAUCCCUUUGCUUUUGACUUGUUUGGUGCUCGAUUCGUCGGGACUUGUUUUUGGCCGGAGGGGCUUGCACUCUCCGACAUUUGAUUUCCUCGGUCCGUGCCGAGGACGCGCAGCGUUUGUAAUCUGUUGUCUCGUCUGUGUUUUCUUGUGUCCUGUGCCUGUUUCUUAAUUUCCUUUUUACCAGCGAGACUGAAAUGGGGCAAUCCAUGGUAACCCCUCUGAGUCUCACCCUCGACCAUUGGAAGGAUGUCCGGAACCGGGCCAACGGCAUGACGGUCGAGAUCACGAAGAAAAAAUGGAUAGCACUCUGCACCUCUGAUUGGCCAGCCUUCAAUGUCAGCUGGCCCAAAGAAGGAACUUUUAACCCUAACCUUAUUUCACAGGUUAAAUCCCAAGUUUUCCUUGUAGGACCCAGAGGACACCCAGAUCAAGUUCCGUACAUCGUGACCUGGGAAAAUCUAGUCUCCGACCCACCUCCGUGGGUCGCCCCUUUCUCCACUCCCCUCCCCUCACCCCCUUCUCCUCUUAGCCGUUCCCUCUCCCCGCCACCUCCUCCGUCUGCGCCCCUUGCUCCCAUUCCAGCACCAUCCACCCAAAGCACUAGGUUAUACCCUAUAAUAAAUAAGUCUAAAACCCAAACCCCAGCCUCAAACAGGCCAAAGUCGCAGACAAUCCUCCCAUCCGAGGAACCCAUCCUGUUAGACCUAAUGACAGAGGAGCCCCCACCCUAUCCACCUCAACCUCACCCGGCUCCAGCUCCCCAUUCAGAUUCCUCCGGAGAAGAGGAAGAAUCACCUGUCACCAGCGCCCCUCCAAACCCAUCCCCCAUGGUGGGGCGGCUCCGGGGACGACGAGAACCCCCAAAUCCAGGAGAAAUUUCAAAAGCCUUCCCCUUGCGCCAGACCGGGGGCCCUAAUGGUCCAUACCAGUACUGGCCAUUCUCCGCCUCCGAUCUUUAUAAUUGGAAGACUCAUAACCCCCCUUUCUCUAGUGACCCGGUUGCCUUAACUUCUCUGAUCGAGUCUGUUCUAGUAACCCACCAGCCAACCUGGGAUGAUUGUCAGCAACUCCUCCAAACUCUUCUCACCUCUGAGGAGAGACAAAAAGUAUUACUGGAGGCUCGAAAGAAUGUUCCUGGGGACAAUGGGCGUCCCACUCAACUCCCCAAUCUAAUUAAUGAAGCCUUUCCCUUGACGCGGCCUGAUUGGGAUUACAACACUGAUGAAGGUAGGAACCGCCUACGUCUCUAUCGCCAGUUACUUAUAGCGGGUCUCCAUGGAGCAGGGCGACGGCCCACUAAUUUGGCCCAGGUAAGACAGACUAUCCAGCGGACGGAAGAAACCCCGACCGCAUUCCUAGAGAGGUUAAAAGAGGCUUAUCGAAGAUUUACUCCCUUCGACCCAGAUAGUGAGGAACAGAAGGGCAAUGUCUCUAUGGCAUUCAUUUGGCAAUCUGCCCCUGACAUUAGAAGCAAGUUACAGAGACUAGAUAAUUUGCAGGACUUCUCCCUAGCAGAUUUGUUGAAGGAAGCAGAAAAGAUUUACAAUAAGAGGGAAACUCCAGAAGAAAAAGAGGAGAGAAUUAGGAAAGUGCAGGAGGAAAGGGACUCACGAUACCGAGAGGAACUAGAUAGGAGGGAUCAAAAGCGUACUAAAGAAAUAAGUAAGGUACUGGCUGCAAUAGCUCAGACAAGGCCGCAAGAGACUAGGUUAGGGAGAGAAAGGGAGCAAAGCAGGGCCCAAGUGGAACGUGACCAAUGUGCCUACUGCAGGGAAAAAGGACACUGGGCUAGGGCCUGUCCAAAGAAUUCAAAAAGGCUCCCCGACUCAAGGAAAUACCCAAACCGAGCCCCCCAAUUGCUGGCAUUGGAUGACGAAGAUUAGGGGUGUCAGGGCCAGGAGCUCCCCCCUGAGCCCCGGGUAACUCUUCAAGUGGGGGAGCACCCGAUUACUUUCCUAGUAGACACCGGAGCCCAACAUUCGGUACUAACCCAAGCUCCAGGGCCCUUGAGCAGCAAGACCACAUGGGUCCAAGGAGCCACCGGGUGCAAAUCUUACCGAUGGACUACUAAACGAGAAGUGCAUCUUGCCUCAGGUAAAGUCUCCCACUCAUUCUUACAUGUACCUGAUUGUCCAUACCCGCUACUAGGAAGAGACUUACUGACAAAAUUGAAAGCUCAAAUUCAUUUUGAAAAUGGAAAAGCCUCAGUCAGUGGACCAAACGGGGCUCCUUUACAUGUACUAACCUGUAAAUUGGAAGAUGAGUACCGGCUAUUUGAUAUCACCCCACAACCCGAUCAGAACAUGAACUAUUGGGUUACUACUUACCCAGAAGCUUGGGCAGAAACUGGAGAAAUAGGGAUGGCAAUACGCCAGCCCCCUAUAGUGAUUCCACUUAAGACUACUGCCUCCCCUAUUAACAUCAAGCAGUACCCCAUAUCAAUGGAGGCUUACCAGGGCAUUAAGCCACACAUCCAGCGGCUCUUAAACCAGGGCAUUCUAACCCCUUGUCGAUCGCCCUGGAAUACCCCCUUACUCCCAGUUAGGAAGCCUGGGACUAAAGAUUAUCGGCCAGUUCAGGACUUAAGAGAAGUGAAUAAAAGGGUAGAAGAUAUUCACCCCACGGUGCCUAAUCCCUACAACCUCCUGAGCACCCUGCCUCCCACUCACACUUGGUAUACAGUAUUGGAUUUAAAGGACGCUUUCUUCUGCCUAAGGUUAAGCCCCCAAAGCCAGGCCCUCUUUGCAUUUGAAUGGAGGGAUCCUGAGGAGGGGCUCUCCGGGCAGCUGACCUGGACCAGACUACCGCAGGGAUUUAAAAAUAGCCCGACACUCUUUGACGAGGCUUUACACCAGGACUUGGCCGAAUUCCGGGUAAGACACCCCUCCUUAAUAAUGCUCCAAUAUGUGGAUGACAUCUUAUUAGCAGCCACUUCCAAAGAGGAAUGCCUGGAAGGAACGAAAGCGUUACUGCAAACCCUAGGGCAACUAGGGUACCGGGCAUCAGCCAAAAAGGCACAAAUUUGUCAAACCAAAGUUACUUACCUUGGCUAUGAGUUGCGUGAUGGCCAAAGGUGGCUAACCUCAGCCAGGAAAGAGACUAUUUCAAGCAUCCCAGUCCCCAAGAACCCUAAGCAGCUGCGGGAAUUUCUGGGGACUGCAGGAUUUUGCAGACUGUGGAUUCCCGGGUUCGCAGAAAUCGCAGCCCCUUUGUAUCCACUGACAAAACAAAACAACCCAUUUACUUGGACUGAGGAACAUCAGAUGGCAUUUGAUCAAAUUAAAUUAGCCCUCCUGUCUGCCCCUGCCUUAGGUCUGCCAGAUGUCACCAAACCUUUUGAUCUGUUUAUAGACGAGAAGCAAGGCUAUGCUAAAGGAGUCCUAACCCAAAAAUUAGGACCUUGGAGGCGUCCUAUAGCCUACUUGUCCAAGAAAUUGGAUCCUGUAGCAUCCGGAUGGCCGCCCUGCCUUCGGAUGGUGGCGGCUGUCGCCAUCCUAAUUAAAGAUGCCACCAAAUUGACUCUGGGACAGUCACUAACUUUACUAACACCCCAUACCAUUGAAGCCAUUAUUCGUCAACCUCCCGACCGCUGGAUUUCUAAUACCCGGCUCACCCACUACCAAUCUCUGCUGCUGGACACAGAUCGAAUCCAAUUCGGCCCCGUUGUCACCUUAAACCCAGCAACACUCCUGCCCCUUCCAGGGGGACCCACCCCCCAUAACUGCCAGCAGAUUCUUGCAGAAACCCAAGGAACCCGACCAGAUCUCACAGAUCAACCCAUGAAGGACGCAGAGCUGGUGUGGUACACGGAUGGGAGCAGUUAUCUACUUAAUGGGGAACGACGGGCGGGAGCAGCCAUCACCACCGAGUCAGAGGUAAUUUGGGCAAGUGCACUACCGGGAGGGACUUCAGCUCAGCGGGCAGAAUUAAUAGCCUUAACACAGGCAUUAAAACUAGCUGAAGGAAAGAAACUCAAUGUGUAUACAGACAGUAGGUAUGCCUUCGCCACCGCUCACAUUCAUGGAGAAAUUUAUCGACGGCGAGGAUUACUAACUUCAGAUGGAAAGGAGAUCAGAAAUAAAACUGAAAUUUUAGCCUUACUAAAGGCCUUGUUCUUGCCAAAGAAGCUAAGCAUAAUACACUGUCCCGGCCACCAGAAGGGGGAUCACCCGGAGGCAAAAGGGAACAGGCUGGCCGAUGAGACUGCAAGGAAUGCGGCUCUAGGGCCACAACUCCUAGUAACCACCCUAUUGCCACAAAAGGUUAAAAAGUCGCCUGAGGAUUUCGACGAGCAUUGGGUCUAUGAGGACCCAGAUUUGGACGUUGUGCAACACCUAGAGGCCACCUAUAACCCGGUUGAAGGCACAUGGGAAUACCAGGGAAAAACUGUAAUGCCUAUUAAACACACCAAGGAACUAAUAAGGUCCUUGCACAGACUUACUCAUUUGGGAGCCAAAAAGAUGAGAACCCUCCUGGAUCGUGGAGAAGGGAAUCUAUACCUACCUCACAGAGACUCAAUCAUCAGGCAAGUUGUAAAAAAUUGUCAAGCUUGUGCUCAGGUUAACGCAGGUAAAAUAAAAUUUGGGAUUGGAACCCGGGCCAGAGGGCACAAGCCUGGAACCAGUUGGGAAGUCGACUUCACAGAAAUCAAACCUGGUAUGUAUGGAUACAGGUAUCUUUUAGUUUUUGUGGACACUUUUUCAGGAUGGGUAGAAGCAUAUCCCACUCGGCAUGAGACUGCUAAAAUUGUGGCAAAGAAACUGUUGGAAGAAAUUUUUCCAAGGUAUGGUAUCCCAGGGACUAUUGGAUCAGAUAACGGGCCUGCCUUCACCUCCCAGGUAAGUCAGUUAGUGGCCAGUACAUUGGGGAUUAAUUGGAAAUUACAUUGUGCUUACCGACCCCAAAGCUCAGGGCAGGUAGAAAGAAUGAAUAGAACCAUCAAGGAGACUUUAACUAAAUUAACGCUUGAAACUGGCACUAGAGACUGGGUGCAACUCCUACCAUUAGCUUUGUACAGGGCCAGGAACACCCCUGGCCCUCAAGGACUAACCCCCUUUGAAAUUCUGUAUGGUGCCCCACCACCUGCUGUCAAUUUCUAUGAAACUGAGAUUUCUGCUCUGUUCACCCCCACCCUGCAGACUCAUUUACGUGCAUUGCAGUUAGUCCAAAAUGAAGUCUGGAAGCCCCUAGCGGCAGCCUACAAGGAACAACUGGAGAAACCAACAGUGCCACACUCCUUCAAGAUAGGAGACACCGUUUGGGUCCGGAGACAUCAGAACAAAAACCUCGAACCUCGCUGGAAAGGACCAUACACCGUCUUACUGACCACCCCCACCGCCAUCAAGGUGGACGGCAUCGCAGCCUGGAUCCACGCAGCCCACGCGAAAGUGGCACCUCCACCAGACUCCAUCUCUACACCCCAAGAAUCAGCAUGGAAAUUACAACGCACUCAAAAUCCCCUAAAGAUAAGACUUGCUCGCGUUUGAUUGUCCUUAUUGUUUGUUUUCCUUUCAUAGUAACCAGUCACAGUCCCCAUACCCCUAUGCGACUAACUUGGCAAGUUUACUCUCAAACUGGAGAAAUAGUUUGGACUACUGCUGCGGUCCAUACCCCAGGAGCGUGGUGGCCUGAUCUAAC